AAAAGAAGAAACACAAAGCAAAAAAGGAACAUAGAAAACUCCCUUAUAGAUUCUUUUCUCUUGCUUUGAAGCAACCAAUACAAAACGGAAAUCACCUCACAAUCAUUUUGCCAAGUUUCAAAUUCCAAAUCCUCCCAUUCACUUCACUUAAAUUUCUCCAUCAGCAGAGAAACGUAGAGAGGGAAACCUAACAAACAAACAAAAAAGAAGAAGAAGAAGAACAAAAGAUGGCGACGUUGCAGAAAUUCAAGCUAUUCGCAACACAAUGCGGCGUCACCCAGAGUCCAACAAGAAGUCCAAGGACGAGUCCCCUGGUCAAUUUCCGUCGACCUAAAACCACCCUGCGAAUGCUUCUCACCAGAACCAGUAGCCGCAAAUCAUCAACCUGUCGGGAAAUGUCGUACCCACAGAGUUUCGUCGGCAACUUACCUGAGAAAAAGAAGGGCGACAAGGAUUUGAGCGGUCGCACUUUAAAGGAUUUAUUUCUAUCAUCACCGACGUUAGAAGAAGAAGAAGAUGAUGAUGAAGGCAAAGUCGUCAAGGAGAAAUAUGGCGGGAAGAGCGAAGUUGUUUUGGCGUCGAAACUUAGUGGUCUUAAUGCAUUGGGAGGUGAACCGGGUUCGCCGAGGGCCGGUUGGAUCGGGUUCAGGCAUAGGAUGCUAUUAAGGAGGGGUUGGCGUCCCAUGCUUGUGACCAUCCCUGAGUAAUUUUGAGAUAUUUAAUUUGUCGAAAUUUCAAAGGAAAUUAUUUUUUC